AUGCCGGUUCGGUGCCGGUUCGGUCCCGUCCCGGUGCCGCUCCCGCCCCGCUCGGGCUCGCUGCCGCCGCGAGUCGCGCCUGUCACGAUAACGGAUGGAUCCAUCGCGCCUGAUCGAUGGCGGCGGGAGCGCCGGACCCCCCCGAACCCCCCCCGAACCCCCCCGAACUCCCCCCGAACCCCCCCGAACCCCUCCGGUACCGCCAACACCCCCCGGAGCAGCCCCCGGUACCGCCGGAACCCCCCCGGUACCGUCAACACCCUCCGGCACUGUCGGGACCCCCCCGAACCCCCCGGUACCGUCAACAGCCUCCGGAGCAGCUCCGGGCACCGCCGGAACCCCCCGAACCCCCCCGAACCCCCCCCGGUACCGUCAACAACCUCCGGCACUGCCGGGACCCCCCCCGAACCCCCCCGGUACCGCCAACACCCCCCGGAGCAGCCCCCGGUACCGCCGGAACCUCCCCGAACCCCCCGACCCCAUCCCGAACCCCCCCGGUACCGCCAACACCCCCCGGAGCAGCCCCCGGUACCGCCGGAACCUCCCCGAACCCCCACGAACCCCCCCGACCCCCCCCGGUACCGUCAACACCCCCCGGCACUGCCGGAACCCCCCCCGAACCCCCCGAACCACCCCGGUACCGCGAACACCCCCCGGAGCAGCCCCCGGUACCACCGAAGCGUUCCCGGUGCUGCCGGACCCCCCCCCGAACCCCCCGACCCCAUCCCGAACCCCCCAGAACCCCCCCCCGGUACCGUCAACACCCCCCGGUGCUGCCGGACCCCCCCGAGACUCCCCGGUGUGAGCCCGGCCAUGGAGUGCACCUGCGUGCCCGACCUGCUGCUGACGGCGCCGCUGCCCGCGCUCUGGAGCCCAGGUUUCGCGUUCCCCGAGUGGGCGCAGGAAGGACAGUGA